UCUGUGUUGCACCAAGAAACACGUAGCAAUCUGGUGACUCCACAAAUAUUUCCUAGAUUUAUACACAUUUAUGUCAUUAAUCAAAACAUGACAUGCCACAUGGUGAUUUCGUUUGUAUAAUUUAUACUAAGUAAGUUAAGGUUGAGAAAGUUCAUGAACAGUGUUCAACUGUCUUUUAAACAGACUAUUUGGCCAUUUGAGAAGUCGUCAGUUGACUAUCAUAAGAUCUAAUCAACUGCAACAGUUCCGCGACAAGGUCACUGAUUGGAUCAUGCAAACAGAGGAUGGCUUCAUCGCAAUCCUAGGUCAGUCUGACACUCACGACCUGACGCAGCAAGAGAAGGGUGAACACAUGUGUGUAGAACGAGCUAGUGGAUUGAUAUCAGAAGCUCAUAAUAUUAUCAACCGCCAGCCUUCCCUGUCAAGUGAUGCAGCCCAGGGAAGCUCAGUCGUCCAGCGUCCAAAGAAACGCUGCAAGAAAAGUCAGGCACCUCUGAGUGAAGAGCCACCGUGUAAACUGUUCAAGUUAAGCGAUGAAACAGCUGUCCCGAGACAUUGUCAACAAACUUUCAAGCCAGGAGAAGACAAUCGACUUUGGAGUUUGUUGAAGCAGCUCUUCCCUGAUCCCACAGUAGCGACAGAGACUCGCUCUAGUUCUGGAACACAAGCCACUUGCUCGUGGAAAAGAAAUGAGGAGUUCUGUACAAUGAAGGAGACACUAUCCAGCGAAGAAUCUCCUUCAGAUGUGUUCAACCAAGAAAAGGUAGUAGCAAAAUAUCUAGAAGUUGAGCCAACAAUUUGUCCGCAAGAAUUCACACCAGUACCAGAGAACUAUCCUUUGGGUUUUGCAAAUCGAGCGUUCCCUGAUACGAUAGCAGAUACAAAGAGAAGUCCUGGACUGCAGGUCACUCGUUCGUUGGAGAUGAACAACUUCAAAGCGAUGGAGAGAUUCAUCUUUCUGGACUUAGCCUCUUGUCCAUUAUUUUUCAAGAACUUUCGGGGGCUGUUUAUGGAUAAAACCUUUGUAUUCGGAUUAACGAAACCCUGUUGUUCCAUUAAGUUUACGAAACAUAAAUUAUACUGUGAGUUGACUGAAAAGAAAUGUGUUCACAUCUCAAAUGACAUUGGAGAUUCAAAAAUAUCCAUUGGUUUCGCUUUGGCUCUAUUGAUACCUAAGAUGGAUGACAGAGUCUCGGCGUCAUUGCCAUUUUAUAUCAUUUCCAACACUGAUGGAUUGAAUGAGACAGUUCGACAGUUGGGCAAUGGUAAAAGGAAAAUAAAAUUAAUGACUGCAGCCAUCAAGGAGGCUUUUUCUUCAAACGACUUUACCAUAUAAGACAAGCAACACUAAGACCUUCAAUGACCAGUGCUUGCUGUAAACUCGACUAAACUUACUAAUAGACUAUCUCGAUAAAAAGUGUUUUUUUGUUUGUUUGUUCAAAAGAGUCUAUUUAUGAAAUAUGGAAUAUGAUCAGAACAGAAUGAUUGCAGGUAUGAAUGAAAAUAAAUGUGUCGAUUUCAAUUCAAGGACUAGAAGAUGCACAGGAUUGUUGAGCCAGUGGUAGACUAGCUAGGACGUCACUCCCCUUCCCCGAUCAAUGAGCUAGUGGUAGGUUAGAUAUGACUCCCCUAAAGAUGGAUGAGCCAGUGGUAGGUUAGAUAUGACUCCCCUAAAGAUGGAUGAGCCAGUGGUAGGUUAGUUAUGACUCCCCUAAAGAUGGAUGAGCCAGUGGUAGGUUAGAUAUGACUCCCCUAAAGAUGGAUGAUCCAGUGGUAGGUAAGAAUUGACUCCCCUAAAGAUGGAUGAGCCAGUGGUAGGUUAGAUAUGACUCCCCUAAAGAUGGAUGAGCCAGUGGUAGGCUAGAUAUGACUCCCCUAAAGAUGGAUGAGCCAGUGAUAGGUUAGAUAUGACUCCCCUAAAGAUGGAUGAGCCAGUGGUAGG